ACUGUAAAUUAGCUUACUUUGUUAAAACUAUAAUUAGCCGCCUUUAUAUUACAGAUGGCGACUUAAUGCCCUCUCUGUUGUAUUUUAUUAUCUUAUACAAGAACAAAAAAAGAUAUAAAAAACUUUGAAUGAUGUCACAACAAAAAAGUAAACCCCUGAACAUAAAGUUUUAGAAUAUUGAUAUAUUUUUUCAGGGGUUAUUUUUAAAAUACAUUUAGAAAUAAGGGUGAGGGACGGAGAUAUGUCAAAUAGGGAGAGGAGUCUAAGGAAAUGAAACGUUCGUGGUUCAUCAUUAUUUUAAUUUUUUUGUUAACUUUUUUCAUUACGAUAUGCUACUGCUAUUUUUAAUCAAAAGAAAUCGUUCAUAAGGGGGUGAGAUAGCUCUGUUGGGGGAGUUCCUGAGAGUGUGUCUUAGAGAGGGGUUCAAAAGGUGAAAUUCUGAGUGACGUGUUUCAUGAUCAGCCCCUUCUUAAGAGGUGUUAAGUCCACUUUUGUAUUGAUUGAAUAUGAUUACUGCUUAGAAUUCAUUGGUUUGAGAUCGUCUGGUCAGAUUACAACUAGCGUGAAAGAGAUUCUAUUUACUGUGGAUUUGUUAAUCAAUUCAAACAUCUCCAAUGUAACACUACUUCGUUUCGAAAAUAACAGUAUGGGGUCGCUUCAGUUAAAAUUUAACGCAAAUUCGGUAACCGCUGGACUAUUUAACUUUUUAUCAGGAAAACUGAUUUUUAUUUUUAAAAACAAAUUUAGAAAUGUGAUUACGGAAACAAUUAAAAACAGUAUUCAAGAAAGCAUUGAUCUUAUAAAUACAGUACUUAAAGCAGUUGCUUAAUCAAUAUGCAAGCAAAUAAAAAUAAA